CCAGAGCAAGGCAAAGCUGGAGCGAACCAAGGCAGAGCUGCAGUCUCUACCCAUCGGUUCAAUCGGGUAUCGCUGGUCCUUAGACAUGGUGGGGGAAAUGCCGCUAUCUCGGCGAGGCAAGCAAUACAUUCCGUGAUGAUCGAGCUCACGAGCAAGUGGAUAGAGGUGGCAGCACUGGCAUGGAAGACAGCAGCAGCAGUGGCAAAGGCUUUCACCCAGCAAGUCGUAACCAGGUCGGCGCAUGUGGGGAAGUUCUGACGGACAAGGGUGGAGAAUUUGCGGGAGAAUUCCACGGCCUGCUGCAAGAGGUGGGCAUCACCCAGCGGCGGACUUCACGGUACCAUCCCCGGGCUGAUGGCCUGACAGAGUGAAUGGUCCAGACUCUGAAGAUGGGCCUGAGGAAGUACUGCAAGGAGGAAGAGCAAAGGGAGUGGGACCAACAUCUGCCGUGGGUGGCGGCGGGGUAUCGCUUCAGCAAACAGCAGGCUCUGAAGGAUUAUUCCCCGUACUAUCUGGUUUUCGGGAAGGAGCCAGUGCUGCCGGUGGACGCUCCACUGAUAAUGGUGCAGUCGGUGUCCACUGACGACCCGCGCACCUGGGCGGCGGUGGCAGCCAGAUGCGCUAGCUACCUCCGCAGCGUGCUGCCAGCAGCCUUGGAAAAUCUGGAAGUGGCGCAGCUCCGUGAUGCUCGAUGCUACCGACAGCGGAAGGAAGGAGUAGGUGGAGGACCUAGGCAUGGGACUGAGCUGCAAAUUGGGGAUGAGGUGUACCUGAAGGAGCCGCGGCAUAAUACGCUGGAGUGUGGCCUGAGUAAGCAGCGGUGGGUCGUGCGCAGGAAGGAGGAGUCGGGGGUCCUGACACUACAGAAUGCGCCAGGGAGGUCGGUUCAGGAUCAUGUGACGAAUGUCGCCCGAGCAUCCGGUUCGCGACCAAGCAGCGGGGGCGCAGGGCAGACCGAGAGGGGGCAUGAGUCAGGGGAGUCGAAACUCAUCACAUACAAGCGUAGGGAAGGCAAAGAAUCUUAGGAACCAGGUUAGGCAUUGCAGAUGAGAGCUGCGGGGAGGGGAGGAGGCUAUGCGACAGCUGUCGCAUGAACCU